GAUGCUUCCCCGCCAUGAAAUGAAUCUCGCAAGACCCGUUUCGCGCCUCUUCUCUAACUCCGCCGCCGCCGCUCAACCGCCGCCGCGAUUUGCCGGAAAAUCCUCUUCACCCAUCGGCCCCGUCGAAGAGCUCCACGCGCGCCUCAUCAGAACCCAACGCCACACCGACCCCUCCGCCGUGUCCGAUGUCAUCCGGUCCUACGCGUCGUCUCCACUCUACCUGCGCAGAGCUCGCGCCGCUUUCGACGCCGUCGAACGGCCCACCACCGCGGUUUUCAAUUUCCUGAUUCGUGGGUUGUCGCAGAGCGACCGUGCCGUCGGAGCGUUGGAACUGUAUCGGGCAAUGCAUUUCCAGGGAGCGAGCGCGAACCAUUUGACCUUCAUAUACGUUUCCAAGGCCUGUGCUCGCGUCUGUGACGUUGGACACGGUCGAGCGGUUCAUGUCCAUGCGUUGAGAUGUGGGUUCGGUGCGCACGUUUUCGUUUCGAAUGCUCUGCUGCACAUGUACGCGUGCUGCGGCGAUAUGGUGUCUGCGCGGAAGGUGUUUGAUCAAAUGGAGGAGAGAGACUUGGUUUCCUGGAACUCCCUGAUCUGUGGUUAUAGUCAGUGUGGUGGAUUUAGGGAGGUUUUGAGACUAUUUGAUGCAAUGCAGGUGGCUAAGGUGAUGGCGGAUGCCGUGACAAUGGUGAAAGUUGUCUUGGCUUGUAAUUAUUUAGGGGAGUCAGAAUUUGCAGAUCGUGCGGCGAAGUAUAUUGAGGAAAACCAUGUCGUCAUUGAUGUUUAUUUGGGAAAUACUUUAAUAGAUAUGUAUGGACGGCGGGGUUUGGUGGAAUUAGCACGGCAAGUAUUUGAUCGCAUGCAUGAAAGGAAUUUGGUUUCAUGGAAUGCAAUGAUCCGGGGAUAUGCAAAAGCGGGAGACUUAACUGGAGCCCACAGGCUUUUUGACGAAAUGCCCAAGAGGGAUGUUAUCUCGUGGACUUCUAUGAUCACAGGCUAUGCUCAAGCUAGCAACUUUGCAAUGGCGGUGAAGCUUUUCCAAGAAAUGAUGGUGGCUAAUGUGAAACCAGAUGAAGUUACAGUAGCUAGUGUGUUGUCUGCUUGCGCCCAUUUAGGUUCGCUUGACAUUGGAAAGGCAGUUCAUAACUACAUAAUUGAGCAUGGCGUGAAGAUAGACACUUAUGUAGGGAACUCUCUCAUUGAUAUGUAUUGCAAAUGUGGAUCAGUUCAAAAGGCGCUUGAGUUGUUUAAACGAAUGAAGGAGAAGGAUGCGGUCUCGUGGACUUCUGUGAUUUCGGGCCUUGCUGUGAAUGGUUUUGCCAAUUCUGCUCUGGAGCUUUUCUCAGGGAUGUUGAGUGAAAGAAUUAAGCCUACUCAUGGAACCUUUGUUGGGGUUUUAUUGGCGUGUGCUCAUGCUGGACUAGUAGAGAAUGGACUAGCAUUCUUUAAGAGUAUGGAAGAUGUUCAUGGACUCACCCCAGAGAUGAAACACUACGGUUGUGUUGUGGAUCUUUUGAGCCGCUCUGGCAAUGUGGAUAGGGCAUAUGAGUUUAUAACAAAAAUGCCCAUAUCUCCGGAUGUUGUAGUUUGGAGGAUAUUAUUGAGUGCGUGUAAGCUUCACGGCAAUGUGGUAUUGGCUGAAAUUGCAACAAAAAAGCUUCUUGAAUUGGAUCCUUGCAAUAGUGGAAAUUAUGUUCUUCUGUCAAGUACUUACGCAAGUUCCCACAGAUGGGAUGAUGCGUCCAAUGUGAGAGAACUGAUGGAGGAGACUGAUGUGCCGAAGCCAUUUGGUUGGAGUACAAUCGGAUCUAAUGGAUUACCAUCACAUAGCGCUUGGGAUCAAAUUCCUGUUAAUCCCACCAACACCAUGCAUCCAAAGAAGGAAUUAGGACUUUCUUAAUCCAUCAUUGCAUAGGAGAAGUGAAUUUUACAAUUGAAGGGGCACAAGGCACUGCAAGAGGAACUCAAUUAACUCAGUACUCACAUCUAUGGGUAAGACUCGCACCGCAACAAACUUUAUCUGCCUCUGGCAUGCUGAAUGUCUGUGUAGUGGGAUGCACAUGAAGUUACCUUCUCCCAAGCAACUUCUCAGCCACCAUUUCAAAUGUGCUCAAAUUCAGAUGUUCUCAACAUCGAUGAACUCUCUGUGGUGGCAACAUAUCUCAGGAGUGAACUCAUGCUUCCUAGUGCCGUUUUGAGCUGCUAUGCACUGUAGAUGGUCGUCUACACUCAGGAAUUACUUGGAGCGAUCAGUGAGUGUCACUAGCGACUGAAGCUCAUUUAGUCGAAGCAAGCGGACACCUCCCUUCUGGAUAAAGUAAAAUUGCUAGCUCAGUGCAAGAUUCAUUGGAUUCAGAAUGCACAGUUGCGCACUGCUGAUGAAGAGUUCAGCUAGUCAUAAGCUAUCUGAUUUCAGGCUUUAAGAGAACCAAGUUCCCGUUAGCUUUAUGUUUGAAUCAGCCACAGCAAAAUUGAAGUGGAAGCUGCUCAUAAUAACCUUCGAAGCAGCUUAAAAUUCUCAAGAGUGCUUUUCCUUUUAAUGGAAGUUGCAAAACUACCUGAAACGUAGAUCAGAGGAAGCAUUUUGUUUUUCUGAUCGGCGGAUAGAUGAUGGCUGAUAUCUGUUAGGCCAACCGGCGAUUGGCAAAUAGGACCAAAAACCUGAUAUGAUAGAAGUUACUUGUAUUUGAAUGAAAUGCAUACUUUGUAAUGCAA